AUGGCAGAAACUCUUCAUAUGAACCCCCAAUCACAACAUUUGUAUGAAAAACCUAGUGGUUUCGUUGAAUUAGACGUCAAAAUGAUGAAGGGUCAAUUUGAUGUUUCAACCAUGGCACUUAUUGAUAAAAAAAAUGAGGCAGAUGUUAAAAACAAAAAUAAUGAAGCUGGUCUUCUGGAUCCAUGGAAUUCUAGUAAUGUUAAGGAUCAGGAAGACUUUGCGAAAUCCUUGAAAUUUGAUAAAAACAAUAAUUUGGAUAACAAUGAAAACAAAGAUUCUACCAAAAAUAAAAUUGAAGACAUGUACGAUUCACAAACUUCCGACCUAUUGUUUCUUGAUCCACUUGGGGAUGAAACAUUAAUUAUUAAUAGUACAACUUUGUCGGAAGAGGAAAAAAAAGCAAACAUAAACAAUAUAUUCUCACGAGCCGCAAGUAAUGGAAAUAUAGAAAAAGUUAAUAAAAUGUUAGAAACCUCAAGAGAAUAUAUUGAUAUUGAUGCCCAAGAUGAUGAAGGUACCACUCCUUUAAUAUAUGCAGCAUGUUUUGGACAUGAAAAUGUUGCAUAUGCAUUGUUAGAAGCUGGUGCAAAAGUAGAUGUACAAGAUAGCAUUGGUUGGACCCCAUUAAUGUGGGCAACAAACAAUAAUCAUGAUUCGACCGUUAGAUUAUUUUUGGAUAAUGGCGCUGAUGCUGGUACCAAAUCAGCAAAAGGUAGAACAGUAUUUGAUUUUAUUCCACCAGAAAAUCCCAAAAUUGCCGAAAUUUUCAUACAGAAUCCUCAGCGUGACAGUUGGUCAAGCGUUGGUAGUAUUGGACGUUGGUCACUUUGUAGCGAAGCAGAAACCAGGUUAGUAGAAAAACUAGCAGAAGCCGAAAUGGAAAAAAGGAUGUUGGCAGAAAGUGCCAUAAAUUUAGAUGUUGAUUUAACAAGUUUGGGAUUUGAAGAACCACAAGAAGAAGAUGAGGAGGAGGGACCAGCAGAAUUUUUAUGGACUACUUGUUUACCUGAUCAAAUGUUUGUAUUUUCACAUGAAGACAUACAUCACAUUCUUCAAACCGUUGUUAUCAAUAUGCAGCCAAUUCGAAACAAAACACAAAAACCCGUACCAGCAAAUGUAUUAUUCUUGAGUGCAAGAUUUGCUCAUUAUUUUAGUAGUCCUGAAUUAUUGGAAUCACUUCUAUUUGAGGUGAUCUUUGCUAUAGAUCAAGCAGUUAAAACUAGACCCGAUGAUAUGACUCUUUUGUCAUUUUGGAUUUCAAAUUGUACAUUAUUAUUGUACUAUUUAAAAAAAGAUACAGGAUUAGCUGCCGCUACAGUGGAAUAUCAAUUAAGGAUCUCAGAACAACUCCAUGAAAUAUAUGUGCUUUUAGUAAAAGAUGCACAAAAAAGAAUUGAAAGAGUGUUGGAAGCUGCAAUGUUGGAAUUUGAUACUAUUCCUGGAAUGGAUGAUGUUCGAUUUGAAGGAGAAUGGAGUGUUUUUAGAUCUUUCACCAGAAGAUCAAGAAGUCCACAAUCAACAUAUAGUUCAUCAUCGAAACGUUCAUCUGAUAUUAGUUUAAGAAGACAUUCAUCACUUCGUACAUCUUCAUCUCCUCGACAAAGAGGUGUCCCUUCACCUCGGAAUAUUACAUCAUUAUUAUCUUCAACAUUAUUUAUUCUUCAAACUUAUGAAGUUCAUCCAAUGAUCGUAGAACAAGUUCUCAAUCAAUUAUUCUAUUAUAUGUCAUGUGAACUCUUUAACAAGAUCCUCUCUCGCAAGAAAUACAUGUGUCGGUCUAAAGCAAUGCAAAUACGUCUUAAUGUUUCUGCUAUUGAAGAUUGGGUCCGCACGAACAAUCUAUCCUUAAAUUUGAUAACACACUUUCAACCUUUAAUUCAACUUUUACAAUUAUUGAUGUGUUGGUCUCAAAUGACAGAUUUUGCAAUUUUAGUACAAACUACUAAAGAACUUAACCUUAUUAAUCCAGCUCAACUUAAACGAGUUAGUAAAAAUUAUAGAUACGAAGUUAAUGAACCAAGAAUAACAGAAGAAUGUCAACAAUAUAUUCUUCAAUUGGAAGAGGAUACAGAAAGACGAAAGAAACGUUAUUCAACUGAAAGUAUACGGAGUGAUCGAAGUGAUGCUUCAAGCAUUAUUUUCUUAACCGUAUCACCUUCAUUACCUCCUUGUGCAGGACCUAAUUGGGAGGAAGAAGAUGAUUUAAUGGAAAUGAAAGAUAGUGAAUUUUUGUUACCAUUUGCCAUACCAACUAGUACUGAAAUGUUAGCAAAUUAUGGUGGUAAAGAGAGAGGAACAGACUUUGUACCUUUGGUUCCAGAUGAAUGGAUGGAAAAAUUGGAUGUUGUAAUGGAAGGUGUAGGAGUAAUAGAAACAAAUGAAAUUUCGGUUGAUGAUAUUUAA